AUGAGCCCACCGGACACAAAUCUUGUUAGCACUACCAGUUCCGAUCAAUGCCCAGAAAAAGCACCAACACAAACACAGACACGGGUGCAAGGUCAAGAAAAAGCUGGACCCGGACCUUUGACUAGCCCCUCUACCUCCGCCUCCGGCGAACCUUCCGCCGCCGACUUUUCCACCUCACCUCGCCGCUCCAAUCCACACUCUCUUUCUCCUACAUCGGCCCUCGCUUUUGGUUACGUACCUGCCGAGCAGCAUCAAAUACAGGCCAAACCGCCUCGCCAAGCUCGUGCUCUCUCUUACUCAUCAGCGUCGCUUCUCGCCAAUUCUUUUGCUGCUGCUGCCACUAGGAAGAGUCGCGGUGCCGAGCCUGUUACCAGAGAAUCAUACGCACGCCGGUCUAGUUUCACGACAGCCUCAAACUCAACAACGGCUGUCUCGUCCUUGCCAAUUAAGAACCCCCGAGCUCUUGCAAAUACUCGCCGCGAGUCCAUGACCUCAGAUACCGCCGCCGAAGAUCAGGUGUUGACCGAUUCGCAACUUUCAGACGAACCCCACCGCCAGCGAACCCGCUUACCGUCUGCCAUAGAGAGUUCUCACACCGUCUCGUCCGAAAUUUCUACCGCCACAAACAAUCGCUUUUCUUCUUCCUCAGACCUUCAAUCUCGAAGGCUUUCGGGGACAUCCAUCUACUCUCUUGCAUCCGCCCGCGGCGUCCUCAGUGGUUCAUCGUCAGCUCAAGGAUCAGAGUUGGGAACCCCACCACGAUCUGUGCCUGGAUUUCUGUCAACGAGCAUAAACACAGGGAUAGUACAGUCUGAAGCCGAAGUUUCCAACGUCACUGUCACUACUUCAAGUCUUCAAGCAGGCCAAACGGUCGUAGGAAAUCCCAACCAGCACAACCUGACUGCCCGAGAUCACAACUCGCAGCCGCUUGACUUUACGAAAAGAGCCAUCCGUCACGACAACAUGCAAAACGCUACAUCCGGCCUGCGCAACCAGGGGCCUGACCGAUCUCGCAGUCGAGCCAAAAGACGCUUCAGCGGAAGUACAGCGACCAGCAGCCACAGCCCGAGUAGUGAUCGGGCUCCCCAACACCGGGAGAGAGAAGAGGUGAAACCAUCACGAUAUGGCGUAAUUGGCGUGUGCGCUCUCGAUAUCAAGGCCAGAAGUAAACCCAGCCGAAACAUUCUGAACCGACUUAUCGCCAACAGAGAAUUCGAUGUGGUCGUCUUUGGUGACAAGGUUAUCCUCGAUGAAGAGGUUGAGAAUUGGCCUAUAUGCGAUUAUCUCAUUUCUUUCUACUCAGAUGGAUUCCCAUUAGACAAGGCGAUUGCGUACGUCAAGGCACGAAAGCCUUUUUGCGUCAACGAUGUUCCAAUGCAACAACUUCUGUGGGACCGUCGCCUGUGCCUUCACUUACUCGACAAGAUCAAUGUCCGAACACCAAAGCGUGUUGAGGUCACUCGUGAUGGCGGUCCUGCAUAUCUCACACCAGAGAUGUCCAAGCAUAUCAAGGAAAUCUCUGGAGUUUCUCUCGAUUCUCUCGACCCUCAGCAAGUACCACCUCCCCAAAAGGUGGAAUUGAUCGAUGAUGGCAACACAAUCAGUGUCGAUGGCCAAACGUUGAGAAAGCCUUUUGUCGAGAAACCAACCAGCGGAGAAGACCACAAUAUCAUCAUUUACUUCCCCAGCGAGGAUGGUGGUGGUGCUCGAAAGCUCUUCCGAAAGAUUGGAAACAAAAGUUCUGACUACAUCCAAGAACUCAACGUGCCUAGAGCUAUUACGGAGCCUGACAGCAGCUACAUCUACGAAAGCUUUAUGCAAGUUGACAAUGCUGAAGAUGUCAAGGCCUACACUGUUGGUCCGAGCUAUUGUCACGCAGAGACUCGAAAGAGUCCGGUCGUAGACGGCGUGGUGCGAAGAAACACUCAUGGCAAAGAGUUGCGAUAUGUCACAGCUCUUUGUACCGAAGAGAAGGAAAUGGCCAGCAAGAUUUCUACGGCAUUCGGACAGAGAGUCUGUGGUUUCGACAUGCUGCGAGCGUCAGGAAAGAGUUAUGUCAUUGAUGUCAAUGGCUGGAGUUUCGUGAAAGACAACGAUGACUACUACGACCAUUGUUCCAGUAUCCUUAAGGAUCUUUUCAUCAAGGAGAAAUUACGACGUGGUGGUGUCACCCCCCCUAUGCCCUCGCCUGCGCCAUCAGAAUCGGGAACCGACCCGUUCACUCGAGCAUCCAAUGCGUUCAAAGACCGAGAGCAGCAAAGUCAAACUGGAACUAAUGGCGUCAGGACAAGCAUAGCAUCAAUCCCGACCACGGAUUCGCAACCCGACGAUACAUCGCGCCGUGCAACAAGCGGCACGGUCACUCCUUUGAUGCCCACAGAAACCGGACUACCUUCGAAAGCACAGAGUUCUUCGGCAACACCAGUGAUCCCAACUACCCCUACCGAUGUGAACUUGCCAGGCAUUUUGUCCGCCCCCGCAGCACCGCAGAGCGCUAUCGCGGACCCCCCAGCAGAAGACAUACCUGCUGUGUCUGAGCCUCCUCUACCGACCCACUCCUGGAAGUUGAAGGGCAUGGUUUCAGUGAUUAGACAUGCAGAUCGCACACCUAAGCAGAAGUACAAGUUCACUUUCCACUCAGAACCCUUUAUCGCACUUCUGAAGGGCCACCAGGAAGAAGUGUUGUUGAUUGGAGAAGCAGCCCUUGGCAGUGUCAUCCAGGCAGUCGACUUGGCCUAUGAGCAGGGAAUUGAGGAUCGUGCUAAGCUUAGAUCUCUCCGCAAUGUCCUGGUCAAGAAGGGAAGCUGGCCAGGUACUAAAAUCCAGAUCAAGCCAAUGUUCAGGAAGAAGAAGACAGAACCGUCCGCCAUUAGCGAGGAACUUGUCGCCAUUACGGAGAAGGAGAAUGGCAAAUCUGAUGAGGGAGGUGACUCAUCAAAAGAGGAUAAGCCCCCUGGAGCACCAAGACGACAAGAUUCUCUUUCUGGUGUCACAAUGUCCAAGUUCACGGCUGCCGAGGAGAGGUUAGUUCUCGACAAACUGCAGCUCAUCGUCAAAUGGGGAGGCGAACCAACACACUCGGCCCGAUAUCAGGCUCAAGAACUCGGCGAAAACAUGCGCAACGAUCUCAUGCUCCUGAAUAGGGACAUUUUGGAUGAGGUUCAUGUUUUUAGCAGUUCUGAGAGGCGUGUAACAACCAGUGCCCAGAUCUGGGCCGCUUCAUUCCUGGGCAAGAAAGAUAUUGCAGAAGACUUUAUCACAAUUCGCAAAGAUCUGUUGGACGACUCCAAUGCUGCCAAAGAUGAAAUGGAUAAGGUGAAGAAGAAGCUCAAGGGUCUUCUCCGCAAGGGCAACGAGCGUCCCGCGCAAUUCACCUGGCCGGAAAACAUGCCUGAACCUUCAGAGGUACAGACGAGAGUUGUGCAGCUGAUGAAAUUCCAUCGGCGUGUAAUGGAUCACAACUACAAGAAGCUAUGCAGCGGUGCCGUCACGUCGCUAAAUGCUAUCUCGAAUCCCAGUACUGAAAAGUUGUCCGGCGAUAAUUCGAGCUCAUCCAUCGCAUCAUCAAUGUCACAGGCAAACACCAUCAAUCAAAUCCAGUCACGAUGGUGCUGUGGCGAAGACGCUGAGCUGUUCCGAGAGCGAUGGGAGAAAUUGUUCCAGGAAUUCUGCGAUGGUGAUAAGGUUGACCCAAGCAAAAUAUCGGAACUUUACGACACCAUGAAAUUUGAUGCGUUGCACAACCGCCAGUUCCUGGAGUGGGUAUACACGCCACCUAACCACAUGUUGGAUGAGUACACAGCUACCGGCACCAAAGAAGGCAAGCCAAAAGAGUCUGAAGAUGGCAAGUCCAUCGAUGAGAAAACUGACAAGAGUCAUCAAAACUCGCCUGAAGGCUCAGACAAGGUGGAUGCUGGGAGCCGAUCGGCCUCGGUCAAGAAGUUGUUUAGAAGACGAUCGUUCCUUAACAAUCUACGACACUUCAACGAGGAGGCACCACCAGAGCAAUACUUCCGCCUUUACAAGGGAACGAAGCAGACUUCGUCCCAGACAGACGCCCAAAACGAGCCCUUACAAGAGCUUUACCGCCUUGCCAAGGUCUUGUUCGACUUUAUUUGUCCUCAGGAAUAUGGUAUCUCGGAUAGCGAGAAACUCGAGAUUGGCUUACUCACAUCUUUGCCUCUCCUCAAGGAGAUUGUGCAGGACCUGGAGGAGAUGCAGGCUUCAGACGACGCCAAGUCCUUCUUCUACUUUACCAAGGAGUCACACAUCUACACAUUACUGAACUGCAUCAUCGAGGGAGGUGUUGAGACCAAGAUUAAGCGCAGCACUAUUCCCGAGCUCGACUAUCUUUCUCAGAUAUGCUUUGAGCUUUACGAAGCUGAGAUGAAAACGGCGGGCGAUGGUUCGUCGCCCCAUAACCCCCCCACGUUUACAUACAGUAUUCGUAUUACCAUCAGCCCUGGAUGCCACGUCUUUGAUCCCUUGCAUGUUCAACUCGACAGUCGACACUGCAUCGGAUGUGCCCCCCGGCGUAGUCUGACGCCACAUGCAGAUUGGUUGCAGGUUAUCAAGACACUUCGAGCCAAAUUCAACCAGGUCAAACUACCAAAAACGUUCCUCGCAGUCAACUUGUCCGAUGCCUUCACAUUUGAGGACCUCGAGCGGCAAGGGAGCGACAGCGAUGCGUUAGAGAUGAAGGCUGCGCCGUCGAGAGGCUUAACCGACCAGCCCAAGUCCCCCGGACAAGAGGGCUCAGAGGAUCUUGCAACUGGUGCCGGUGAAGUAAUGAUCUCCUAG